UAUCUACAACAUAACCUAAUCAUAUAUGUUUGCCUAUUUAGAACAAUCACUACAAUUAUAUUAAUCGAUAUCAUGAAAUAGCAUCAUGUUGAAACGUGAUUUUAUGAUCUUUCAGAGUGAGUUACAAGGAAGUGGUUGUUGUCUUGGCUACAGGAGCAUGACGGAACGUUUGCGUAAUGUGCACGGUUUGAGGGUUCCUAGGGACUACGUUAUGAAGCUUUUAAGGGUCAUGGACCCCGACAGGGUUGCAGUUCGAAGAUCUCGCCGCUUUACACGGCGUUUAUAUCACAACAAAGGGCCAAAUUAUCUCAUACACAUCGAUGGCUACGACAAACUGAAACCAUUUGGGUUUGCUAUCCAUGGUGCAAUAUGUGGCUAUUCGAGAAGAAUACUAUGUCUAAAAGUAGGGAGGAGCAACAACCACCCAUACACUGUCGCCCGUUUCUUCAUGGAAUAUGUUGAAAGUAUUGGAGGCGUUCCACGAUGCAUAAGAGCUGACCGAGGCAGUGAAAAUGUCUUUAUUGAGGAUCUCCAAAAAGCUAUGAGGUGGGAGCACACUGAUGACAUGGCUGCAGAAAACAGUUUUAUGUAUGGGAGUUCGCACCGAAAUCAGAGAAUAGAAAGAUGGUGGCUGUCCAUGCGACAAGGUGGAGGUGAUUUUUGGAUAAAUCUCUUCAAGGACAUGGAAUCGCAGGGUAUAGUGGCAACAGACAACACGCUUCACAUGUAUUUUUAUAUAAAUAUUUGUAUUUUCAUAUAACUUACG